UCCGUAGACUCACAUUCUUCUUGAAGACUGCACACUGAAGACUGCAAUGGAAAAUAAGGUGUUCUGGUUACUGACCCUUUCACUCAUUGUGGGACUCAGCAAUGCCUUGCUGCCUCCAGGAGCAUGUGAUGUGCAACCAAAUGCAAGAGAAAACUGUGGGUAUCCAGGCAUCUCGGAAAUAGAAUGCGUUGCAAGACAAUGCUGCUUUAAUUCAAAUGCCCCAGAUAGCCCCUGGUGUUUCAACCCAGUUACAACGGAAGAAUGUCAACUAUAAAAUGGAUAUUCUCUAGAAACCUGCCUCUCACAAUGGAGUUCUUCAUUCAUGACAAUGACCGAGUGCUCACAUCUGUACAAUGUUUGCAGUCUGCAAUGAUGCUGAUUUCCAAGCAGGUCAUUUCUGGUCCCUCUCUUUUCUUCACAAUGACAUAGUUUUCCACUGUAGUCUCUUUUCUAUACUUUAGUAAAAUGUACCAGCCUGAAACAAUAAAAUAGCAAAGCAAAAAUUG